ACUUGAAAUUAAGAUUUUCGUUAAAGCCUUCUAUUAAAGCACGAGUUUUGGGUAAUCUUUAAUAUUCAAGUAGGCUAUCGAGCAUUACGUUGAAUGGUAUUAGUUUUAUUCGUAAUUUGGACCUCAUUGCUACGAACACGUGAGGCAGACAAAAAACAGGUCUACCACAUUUAGUAAUACAGAUCUCUGAGUAUUAAUUACUAAUCGCAUAUUUUCUAGGGCGUCUUGGCUCCUCAGGUGACACAAAUUAGACUCUGCAUCAAAAAAAGCAUGUGGCUGGCAACUGUCCUCCUGUGCUUGGCGUGUGGCGUACUAACAGGCGAGCUGCGAGGCGAGGGAAGGCGGGGUGACGGCGUGGAGGAAGGAGGCAAGGUGGUGGAGGAAGUGGCUCGCUUAGUGGAAGGGAAGCUGCGGGAGUGUCACAUUGUCUUGGUGCAUGCAGGGCCUUCCACACACCUGGCGCAGCGCAUCAUCAGAAGAGUGUGGGGAGGUGGCGGCGCACGUGAGGAUGUGGCCCUGGUGGUGGUGGACGAGGAGUCACUACAGGGACUUCCGCGCAGAGCAGUGGAGGAGAACCUGUGGGGGGACCCGAGGCUGGCGUGCAGGGCUGUGGUGCUGGCCACUCGUGUACCUGACGAGGCACCCUCUCUGCUCAGUUUCCUGGAGGCGGCGGGGCUGUGGCGGUGGUCAGCAGCGUGGGUAGUGGUGGUGGGGGAGGCCUCUGGGAUGGAGGUUACCCUGAUGCAUCAUGCCCUCAGGAACACAGCCCAGGUCCUUUACUUCCCGCUCCCCAGCACUGCAGGCCGCGGGGACGCCUCUGCAGCAGGAAAAAGACUGCAGAAGGAGGCCCAGGAGGAGGAGGAGGAGGAGGAGCAGGUCGAGGUGCACCAGCGGUGUCUGUAUUGUGUGAACGGAGACGUGGGUGUGACGCAAACGACUCCAAAUCAGCUAGUCACGGAGCUUCCCAGAGUGUUCAAUGGUCAUAAGUUCCGUGUGGUGACCAUCAAAUACUUCCCAACCAUUGACCACGAGCCGGAGGGUGCUGGCGGCCUGGACACGCGGGUCAGGCUCAAGGACUCCCUCAACACCCGCAUGCUGGUGGACAUCGCCAGGCACCUUAAUUUCACAUACGAGACACACGAGCCACUUGAUCGACAAUGGGGGUCUGAUCUCGGGGAAGGCAACUGGAGUGGCCUCGUAGGGACCCUGCAGCGUCAGGAGGCAGAUUUCUCCACCACCAUCACGCCCACAGCGGAACGCCUCCUCAUCAUGCGACAUUCCAAGAUCUACGCCUCGGAUCCCUUUGUGCUGGUGUCCCUUAAGACGCAGGCCAAAGCUGAGCACAUGGCCAUAGUGAAGCCCUUCCCUGGUGAGGUGUGGGUGAUGGUGGGGGUGAGUGUGGUGGCCUCGGCUGUCGCUGCAGUUUUGCUGAGGGCGGCGAUAAUAGAACAGUGGAGGGCCAGGGAGACUCGUGGCACUUCAAGCAACACCUCAACCUUACUCUACCUCUGGGGCGUCCUGCUGGAAACCCCGCCCGACCUUCCGCCUAUGUCAGUUACCAUUAAGCUGCUGGUGGCGUGGUGGCUCCUCAGCUGCCUGGUCCUGUCCGCUGCCUACAAAUCUUCCCUCGCCGCGCACUUCACGGUUGGGGUGAAGGCGCCGCCCGUGGACUCCUUCGUGGACCUGGUGGCGCGGGGAAACUGGCGGUGGGGCAGCGAGCCACUCGGAGGCGCCUCGCUUUUCUACUUCACCAGCAGCAUUGACGCCACCACCCGCGCCGUGUACGCCAAGAUGGAGGUCCACUCUCUGGAUGACAAUAUGCGGCUGGUGCUGGGUGGCCGCUACGCCUUCAUCACCACACGGUUUCAGAGUGCCUACCAGGUCGCCUCUCGCUACACGGACCCCCGAGGCUACACCCCCAUACACACGGGCGCCACGCACUACCCUAAGUUUGCCGGGACCUCUUGGGGCUUCAGGAUAGGCGCGCCCUGCCUCCCCGCCAUCACUGUCAUGACGCAGAGGCUCAUUGAGGGCGGCCUCAUACGCUACUGGCUGGCUGACGCUAUUACCACCAGGGUGCGUGAGGAGAGGAGGACAGGCUCGACCUACAGCCAAGCCCUUGCCGAACACUGGACUUUCCCUUCAGAGUCUGAAGGGGACGAAGAGGUGGUGGUGACGAUGACACACCUGUACGCAGCCUUCUACAUCUGGGCUGCGGGUCUGGCCCUCAGCUGCCUUGCCUUCUCCGGAGAGAUUCUAUUAGCCCGCUUUUGUUGCCGUGCUUAUCGUUUGCGUAACCACAUUCGGGCUUAACAAGUUUCUUAGAACCAAUGAAUUUAAAUGCUUCUUACGUAUACUGAAUAAAGGAUCUCGAUAGAAUGUGAAUUCAAUCAGUUUCUUUCUUUUUCUUUUUUUGAGUAACUUAAAAUAAAUAUUUGUUAAUUAA